AUGCUCUCCGCCGGCGAACGGCCUCAGCCUCCGCACUCAUCUGCUAUAGUAGAUCCGCCUUCCGUCUCCGUGGGCAAGGGGCACAUCAUGCCUGAUUUCGAUGCCAAACCAGGCUCCUCCUCCAACCCGGCCAACUUGAUCCAGGAGAAGCUUCCCAAGCCGGCUCACGUCCAACAUAUCUGGAUUGUUACCGGUCCUGCGGGUUGUGGAAAAAGCACCGUGGGCAAUGGCCUGCGCAUAGAACUAGGGGUGCCCUUCUUGGAAGGCGAUGAUUAUCACCCCAAAUCCAACAAAGAGAAAAUGGGCAACGGCAUCCCUCUCACCGACGAAGACCGCUGGGACUGGCUGAUCUCCCUCCGCAAAGCCGCCAUUGAAGCCCUCUCCCCCUCUGACGCCAACAACUUCCACCCACCCGCCGGCGUCGUGGUCGCGUGUUCCGCACUGAAGCAGAAGUACCGCGACGUCAUGCGCGUCGCCGCCUACGGCUCGCCCUCCGUCCAGAUCCACUUUAUCUACCUCAAGCUCAGCGAGGAAGUCCUCAUGCAGCGCGUCAGCCAGCGCCAAUCCCAUUAUAUGAAGAGUGACAUGGUACGCUCUCAGAUGCAGGCGCUGGAGGAGCCAGAGAAGGAGUGGGAUGCCAUCACGAUCAACGUCGAGGGUCCCCCCGAGCAGGUGCAGCGUGAAGUGAUCGACACCGUGACGAAGAAGCUCUCGGAAUACCUAUGA